GGGAGAGAGCGGCGGAAGCAGCCCAGCGAGCGAGGCAGAGAGAGGGGGUGAGUGAAAGCGAGGAGGGGAAAACGACGGCCGUCAGGGUCGGACUAUACGGAGAGGGGGAGGACUGAGUGAGACCGAGUGAUUGUUAGACAGAAGAGGCAGUUUGAAUGACGGCGCACCUGGUGCUUCUGAGGGCAUUUCCCAUGUUUUGAUUUGCUCAAUUUUUAUUUUUAUUUUUAUUUUAUUUUUUACUUUGUAAACUCGCUUUCAUCAAGCUGCCUUUUCGCCAUGCCGUCCAACAGUCCUGCUGUCAGCGAACUUCCCCAGACACCAGACAACAAAACCUCCAAGGAUGUGAGUGAAGAUGGAGCAGAACAGGAUAGUCCUGAAGAGGCAACGCUGGGGGCCCCCCCGAACAAGCGCAGAGUGGGCCGUCCGAGCAGGAAACGCAAACAGUUCCUUCCUGAGAUGGCGGCCUCUGAUACCUGUGCCCCGCCGACACUGCUUGAGGAUCUGGAGCCACUCCCUUCCCCUUGCAAGAAACGUGGUCGUCGGAAAUUAGAGCAAAACGAGAAGAAUACGGAUGAACAAGACGACAGAAGUUGUGACUCCCCCAAAGAGGGUGAGACAGGGAGGUUGCGUAGGAAACCGGUCCCCAGGGUGACUUUCCAGGCCGGAGAUCCGUACUACAUCAGCAGGAGACAAAAGGAAGAAUGGCUCAGCCGCUGGAAGAUGGAGGCAGAGAGGCGGGCUUACAGAGAGGCUGAGAUGAGCAUGAUGGACGAUCUAUCCGAAGCAGACUUUCAAAAAGAAGACGAGCCAGCCAGCCCGGAGCCGCCUCCAUCCCAACAACAAACAGACCCCGCCUCGCCAAUUGUGGCCGUAACACCGGACCCGAUUGCCAGAGGAGACCAGGCAACACCCAGAGAGAUAGAGUACCAGGAUGGCAGGGGCUUUGGCAUCGGUAUGCUGGUGUUUGGGAAGCUGCGAGGAUACUCCUGGUGGCCCGGCAGGAUUGUUUCCUGGUGGAUGAGUGGCCGUAGUCGAGCCGCAGACGGGACCCGCUGGGUCAUGUGGUUUGGAGAUGGCAAAUUUUCUGUGGUUUGUGUGGAGAAGCUGAUGCAGCUGAGCUCUUUUUCAUCUGCCUUCCACCAGCCAACCUACAACAAACAGCCUAUGUACCGGAAAGCCAUCUUUGAGGCUCUGCAGGUAGCAAGUGUGCGAGCAGGACGGCCUACUCCUUCCUGUGACCCGAGCGAUGAUGCGGAAGGGGUGGAGCCUCAGACAAGACAGAUGAUAGAGUGGGCCAUGAAGGGGUUCUUACCCAAUGGCCCACAGUCACUGGACCCUCCUGAGGACGAGCAGAAUCCAUACAAAGACGUCUACUCCGAAAUGUGGACAGAACCAGAGGCGGCGUACACUCCUCCCCCUGCUAAGAAACCCCGCAAGAACGCAGUGGAAAAAGUCAAGAUAAGAGAGGUGAUCGAUGAAGGAACCAGAGAGAGGCUUAUACAGGAGAUUAAACAGAAAACCCGGAACAUAGAAGACAUCUGUAUCUCCUGUGGAAGCCUCAACGUCUCUUUGGAGCAUCCUCUCUUCAUGGGAGCAAUGUGCCAAGGCUGCAAAAAUUCCUUUCUGGAGUGUGCUUACCAGUAUGACGACGACGGCUACCAGUCCUACUGCACCAUCUGCUGUGGAGGCAGGGAGGUGCUCAUGUGUGGCAACAACAACUGCUGUAGAUGUUUCUGCGUGGAGUGUGUGGACCUUUUGGUUGGUACUGGUUCAGCAGCGGCAGCCAUCAAAGAGGACCCCUGGAACUGUUACAUGUGUGGGCUACGAAGCAUCUACGGGAUACUGCGACGUCGAGAUGACUGGCCUUGCCGACUACAGCAUUUUUUCGCCAACAAUCAUGAACAGGACUUUGAGCCAGCCAAGUUGUAUACUCCAGUUGCAGCAGAGAAGAGGCAGCCAAUCAGAGUCUUAUCACUGUUUGACGGCAUUGCCACAGGUCUGCUGGUGCUAAAGGAUCUGGGCCUCCAAGUGGACAAAUAUGUGGCGUCAGAGGUGUGUGAAGACUCCAUCACUGUCGGCAUGGUCAGACACCAGGGACGCAUUAUGUACGUCGGUGAUGUGCGCAACGUAACCCAUAAACAUAUUGAAGAGUGGGGACCAUUUGACCUGGUGAUAGGAGGAAGUCCCUGCAAUGACCUCUCGAUAGUAAACCCUGCACGGAAGGGCCUUUACGAGGGAACCGGUCGCCUGUUUUUUGAGUUCUACCGUCUGUUGCAUGAGGCUCGACCAAAAGAGGGCGACGAUCGACCUUUCUUCUGGCUCUUUGAGAAUGUGGUCGCCAUGGGAGUCAGUGACAAGCGGGACAUAUCGCGCUUCUUAGAGUGCAAUCCCGUGAUGAUAGACGCCAAGGAGGUUUCCGCUGCUCACCGUGCUCGAUAUUUCUGGGGAAACCUGCCUGGCAUGUCAAGACCCCUGACGCCCAUGAACAAUGACAAGCUGGACCUGCAAGAGUGUCUUGAGCAUGGUCGCACAGCCAAGUUUGAGAAGUUGCGUACGAUAACGACACGCUCCAACUCUGUGAAGCAGGGGAAAGACGAACAUUUCCCCGUCUACAUGGACAGCAAAGAGGACAUCCUAUGGUGCACUGAGAUGGAAAAGGUGUUCGGUUUCCCUGUCCACUACACCGACGUGUCCAACAUGAGUCGUCUGGCCAGGCAAAGGCUGUUGGGGCGUUCCUGGAGCGUACCCGUCAUCAGACACCUCUUUGCCCCUCUAAAGGAAUACUUUGCCUGCAACUAAUCACACAACGACAUUCCCUCUCCUUCUCAGACACACACACACACACACACACACACACACACACACACACACACACACACACACACACACACACACACACACACACACACACACACACACACACACUUUUGUGGCACACAUAGUUCACAGCUUGUACAUGAAGGUUGGCUGACGCAGAUGAAACAGAUGACCAGACACACACACACACACACACACACACACACGCACACACACAGACACACACACACACACACACACACACACACACACACACACACACACACACACACACACACACACACACACACACACACACACACACACACACACACACACACACACACACACACACACACACACACA